CGACCUUAUUUUCUAAGACCGUGGUAAAUACAAUAUGUAUUGAUAAUGAUAAUACAGAAUGCGUAAAUAUUACUAAAUAAUUGUAUAUUUUAGUUGGUAAAUUGUUGUUUUUAUUACUUCAUAGUCGUCUGAGUUUUACUAUCAGAAUAAAUAAAUAACAAUUUAGAAUUGUUCACGUUUCAUAAGAAUUUUUUCCCGUUUGAGAUGGCUUCAGAAGAUGUUUUUGAUCAGUUUGAUGAAGAAGAACAACAAGUUGAAGGACAGUCAUUUACAAAAGCUGGCCGUAAACGUCUUUUUUCGAAAGAAUUACGUUGCAUGAUGUAUGGUUUUGGUGAUGAUGAAAAUCCUUACACUGAAAGUGUUGACAUACUUGAAGAUUUAGUAAUAGAGUUUAUUACUGACAUGACACAUAGUGCAAUGGAAAUAGGAAGGUCUGGACGAGUGCAAGUAGAAGAUAUUGUAUUUUUAGUACGUAAAGAUGCUAAAAAAUAUGCUAGAGUCAAAGAACUGUUGAUGAUGAAUGAAGAAUUGAAAAAAGCACGGAAAGCCUUUGAUGAAGGAAAAUUUGCUGGUAAUGAAGUACCAAACAAUGGUAAUUGUAGUAUUGCUAAAUAAUUAAUAAGACUUGUAUGUGUUCAAAAUUGUAUUUAUUUUUAUCUAUUUUAUUUUUACAUGUAC